CUUCACGUGAUUUCGAGGAAGAGGAGCGGUGACACAACGGCCCGCAGCAGCUGGGGAACCUCCGGCUCCUCCUCCAGCGGGAGGGAAAGCGAAAGCAGAAGCCGGCGGUCGCGGGAGGGAAGGGGGCAGGGAGAGGCAUCCCGACGGGAGCUCCGCAGGUUCCAAUGGAUUUAUCAAGCCCACUGCAUUCCUUGGAAGAUAAUGGUUUUCAUGUGAUAAACCCUGACCCUUCUGAUACACCAAAAGAUGAGAUGGAAAGUCUUAAACAAGAACUGGAGAAAUGGAAGGAAAGACUUGAACAAGCUGAGAAAACAAAAGCUGACCUUCAACUUAGCAAAUUAAUUGCUGAGGAAGAAUAUGAGAAAAUACAGCAUGAGCUGACAGAGCUAAAGGAUGCUCAAGAGGAACUUAAUAAAGAAAGUGACAUGUCUAAGGACAUCUAUGAGACAGAACUUUCUGUGCUAAACCAAGAGAAUGCUGAGCUGAAGAGAGAGAUUGAGAAGCUCAAAGAAGAGCUUGCAGAAUGUUGUUCAGCGCUUUCACAGGAUGGUAAGAUUAAAAAAAAGGUGGCAGAAAUGAAAGUGGAGUUCACUCACAUGGAAGACACAGAGGGUGGCUUUGCAGAUACGAAUACCCACUGCGUUUUUUCUGUAACAACAAGAAUCCCAUUCAAACUGAACCAAAACCAAGCACUGCUUACUUUGGAAGAUGAAGAAGUUGCCGAGAGACUGACAAAAAUGGGUAAGCAUACUGUGAACCUGGAUGGAACUACAGCAGAUGUGAAAGUGGUGCCUUUCACAGUUGGAAUGGGAGUCAAAUUUGAGCUCCACGUCACAAUUUCUGGAAAGAAGAUCAAUGUUUCAGACAUCCCUGAGCUACCGAUUCCUGAUGAGUGGAUGAGAGACAAAUUAGAGCUGAAUUUCUACAAAUCUGAAUAUGGAGGAGGAGAAGUAGAAAAUGUAAAAUAUGACAAGAGGUCCAGAACAGCUGUUAUUACGUUCACUAGACCUGGAGCAAUGGCCAGCAUUGUGAGAUGUGCUAGACACCCUUUCUAUGUAAAUGGAAGGUGCCAUAGGAUUUCUGUGUCCCCAAGCACUGAUGGACACUUGGAAAAGCUUCAGCUCUUUUCUGGUAUUUCUACAAAGACCAUUCUACUGAAAGGAAUUAAAGAGACUGAAGAUGAUGAGGAAAGUGUGCAGGAUAUGAUUGAAAUUCAUUUCCAGAAGCCUAGUAAUGGUGGUGGGGAAACAGAGAGUAUCAAAUAUGUAUCAAAAGGAGCUGUGUGGGUUUCUUUUGAAGAGGAUGCUUAGAAUGCCGUAUAAAAAAGUGUAUCUCUCUCUCAGAAGUUCUGAGCUUUUGCUUCAUCAGAGGGAUAAGUUACACCAGUGGUUCUCAUACAAUUGUGCCUUAAUGUUUAGAAAUUGAAAAAGAGGAACUACCUUUCUGAUUUGUUUAAUGGCAUGAACUUUGAACAGAAAUUCAGUAGAACUUAAUGCUGAGUGUUCCAGGUGUUCCUGAUGAAAGUCAUGGAGAAAGCCUUCAUCUGCACACGUAACUUAAUCUAUAAUUGCUUCUUGCAAAUUCACAGAUUUUCUAUCUUGUCCAUUUUCUAUAGAUUUACCCCACUUUAAUCUAUUCCAUCUUCAGUUUUGUUACAGAAGCCACUCAUAACCCAGUGUAAAGCACCUUCAUGAAUCCACAGAUCUGGGGGUUUUAUUGGUGUGUGCUGACAUAACUCAAAUACUUGAAAGCAACAUUUAUGUAAUUGCAUCAGAUAAAUAUUGAAUUGGUGAUAAAGCUACAA